AUGGAUCAGGGCCAUACAACCCGUCAUGGACCAGGGCCACCCGUCAAUGGGAACCAGGGCCGCCUGGCCCGUCAUGGAUCAGGGCCACACAACCCGUCAUGGACCAGGGCCAACAACCCGUCAUGGACCAGGGCCGCCUGGCCCGUCAUGGAUCAGGCCACACAACCCGUCAUGGACCAGGCCUCUACAACCCGUCAUGGACCAGGCCUAUACAACCCGUCAUGGACCAGGGCCGCCUGGCCCGUCGCGGACAGGGCCAUACAACCCGUCAUGGACCAGGCCUAUACAACCCGUCAUGGACCAGGGCCACAACCCGUCAUGGACCGGGCCAUACAGCCCGUCAUGGACCAGGGCCCAUACAACCCGUCAUGGAUCAGGGCCACAACCGUCAUGGACCAGGCCUGCCACAACCCGUCAUGGAACCAGGCCAUACAACCGUCAUGGACCAGGGCCACCCUGGCCGUCAUGGAUCAGGGCCUACAACCCGUCAUGGACCAGGGCCAUACAACCCGUCAUGGACCAGGGCCAUACAACCGUCAUGGACCAGGCCUAUACAACCCGUCAUGGACCAGGGCCAUACAACCCGUCAUGGACCAGGGCCAUACAACCGUCAUGGACCAGGGCCACACAACCCGUCAUGGACCAGGGCCAUCAACCCGUCAUGGAUCAGGGCCAUACAACCCGUCAUGGACCAGGGCCAUAGCCCGUCAUGGACUGGGCCUGGCCAUGUGGACCAGGGCCACCUGCCCGUCAUGGACCAGGGGCCAUACAACCCGUCAUGGAUCAGGGCCGCCUGACCCGUCAUGGAUCGGGCCGCCUGGCCCGUCAUGGACCAGGGCCAUACAACCCGUCAUGGAUCAGGGCCAUACAACCCGUCUGGGGCCGCCUGGCCACGUCAUGGACCAGGGCCGCCUGGCCGUCAUGGACCAGGGGCCGCCUGGCCGUCAUGGACCAGGGGCCGCCUGGCCCGUCAUGGACCAUGGUAUCUUAGUGUGA